CAUUACAGCCAGCCGCCUUGCCAGAUACGCGCAUGCGCAGUGUCCCAGUAGUCGCCGCCCGGACUAAAUCCCGCGAUAUUUGCUGCAGCGGAAACGAGAUCUGUCUUUUCCAGGGAGACCGGGUGAACAUGGCUGAUCAAGUAGAGCAGAAGAAGAAGAGGACUUUCAGGAAAUUCACCUACAGAGGUGUUGACCUGGAUCAGCUCCUUGAUAUGUCCCAUGAGCAGCUGAUGCAGUUGUAUUGCGCUCGUCAGCGGAGGCGUGUGAACAGAGGUUUGCGCCGCAAGCAGCAGUCCCUUUUGAAAAGGCUGCGUAAAGCCAAAAAGGAAGCUCCACCAAUGGAGAAACCAGAGGUGGUCAAGACUCACCUCCGGGAUAUGGUUAUCCUCCCAGAGAUGGUUGGCAGUAUGGUGGGUGUGUACAAUGGCAAAACCUUCAACCAGGUUGAAAUCAAGCCUGAAAUGAUUGGCCAUUAUCUCGGCGAGUUCUCCAUCACCUACAAGCCUGUCAAGCAUGGCAGACCUGGUAUUGGUGCCACUCACUCCUCCAGGUUCAUUCCACUGAAGUAAACAGUUUGCAAUGGAAAUGUGUAAAUAAAACUUGUUUCACUGAAUUUAA